AAGAAGGUUAUCCGGGAGAAGAAGGUUAAUCCGGGAGCUGCUUGUCCGGGAGCUGAAACACUACCGACGAGCCCGCCCUUUUCCGCUCUUUACGCUCACACACGAACGUCUAUUUUAGGCUGAAGCCAGACCACUGCAACAGUGACGACGUCCGUUCCGCAGAUUGCAGAAAAACUAACAAUACAAUGUUGGAGUUAGACGUUGACACAGAGUGUCCUCCACCGUUCGGUCUAUUUGCAAGAAAUCAGUUGUUUUUCCUGUCAGAGGAAAUUACGUUUGCAAAUCACGGCUCCUUCGGUACAGUGGCCCGGCCGGUGAUGGAGCUACAGCGUCGUCUACACGAUACCACAGAAACAUGCCCGGAAGAGUGGUUCAGAAUCACGUCCUACCCGCUGUGGCUCGAAUCAUGCCAGACUGUUGCAGAAUUCGUAGGAACGACAGCAGAGAAUGUUGUUUUGGUCGACAAUGCGACGACGGCUGUUAAUUGUGUCCUGAAGUCGCUCCGCUUUACCAAGAACGAUGCGAUUCUGGUGUCUGACCAUACAUAUGGGGCGGUUGAAUACACUGCAUUGGCUGUUAGUGAUAUCACUGAGGCAGCAGUGGUGACACACGUCUUUCCGUUUCCAAUUGAAAGUGUUGAGCAGUUUGUUGGCUCUUUUGAGGCGGCACUUAGAGCUGAUCCUCGAAUUCGAAUUGCAAUCAUUGACCACAUCUGCAGUGUUUCUGCAUUGCUUCUGCCUGUUAGACGACUGAUUGACAUUUGUAGAUCGAGGAAUGUGUUGGUGCUAGUGGAUGGAGCACAUGCACCUGGUCAAGUGCCAAUCGACUUGACCUACUUGGAUCCGGACUAUUACACAGGGAACUUCCACAAAUGGGUGUAUGCUCCUCGAGGUUGUUGUGUGCUCUACAUCAAUCCUAAGCACCACGACAAAAUCAAUCCACUUGUGACAUCGUGGUAUUGGAAGAAGAGCUUACACGAACGUUUCUACCAGCAAGCAACAAGAGAUAUUACAUCUUGGCUCUGUGCUAAGCCAGCCAUACAGUUUUAUCGCUGGUUGGGUGGCAUGGAGAAAAUAACUGCAUACAACAGUUCAUUGUCUCAAUGGGCAAGUGCUUUGCUUGCAUCCAAAUGGAAAACAGCAGAACAGCAGAUUCCAGCAGAAAUGCGUGCCCCCAACAUGUCUGUCAUCGCCUUGCCAUCCAACAUUGGCUACGACAAUACUGCAGCAGAUGCCGACCGCCUGAUGAAGGAUAUCGCAAAGAAACACAAAGUAUGGGUAGCAAUGACUUGCUUCAGUAAUCGCCUUUGGUGCCGGAUUUCAUCUCAAGUUUACAAUGUGAGAGAUGAUUAUGAACGUGUAGCAGAAGCUGUGCUGGACAUGAUGAAACACUGAUUACUUUUAUAACCACAACUGAGUUUGUACUAAUUUCAUAAUUAUUUAAACUGAUACUUCAAAAUUUAAGGAUGAAUUUGGCAAGUAGGCAUCAGUAAGAUUUUCAACUGACGUUCAGUGCCUGAGGAAAUUGACAAUGCAAAUACUGUUUACUGUCCUAAGAAAUAAGACUACUGUAACAAUGCUGUUUGACAUACCGGCUUCUACACAAACUCUCAGUAUCAAUAGGAGGCAAUGAAUCACCUGGAUUUCACCAACAUUACAGAAAUAGAGAUAAAGUUUAGUUUGACAAGUUUUUGUUACGCAAAUUCGUUUAAAUAUGACAAU